AUGCUCAUUCCUUCCUUGUUCUCUUCUUUCUCUCCCUGCAGGUUUCAGCCAGGUGAAUCAGGUGCCGAAGCAAUCGCAUUAGAAAUCGGAGCAUAUAUGGGUGAAUGCAUUCAAAUAAUCGAAUUUUUUGGUGGCGAUGUUGUCAAGUUCCUCGGUGAUGCAGUCUUGGUGAGCUUCCAGCAGAAUCCACGAGAACCUGGUGCCUCGAGCGAAGCAGACUCAGAAUUAGACGGAAGCUUCGGUAACAGUGAUCGAGAAACGACAGAACGGCAAAGAAGAGUGCUUGUACGACGUGCAGUAGAAUGCGGCCAACAAUUACUAGCGCGUCUUUCCCAUUAUCGCGUGUAUCUUACUGCAGAAGAACGAACAAAGCAUCGAACGACGUCAGGCGAAAUCGAUCGACAACAGACACGCGGUGCAAAAAUGCAACGAUUUUUUUUAUUUGACGGACAAAGCUCGUCUAGCAAUGAAGAUCAACAGAAUAGACGGCCAUCCUCUUCCACGAUAGCGACUCGUCCAGCCGGCGCAGAUUCGAUAGACCAUCUUCCCGAAUACCCUGACGAAUACUCGAUGGCGUUUGACUUUUGGAGCUGUCUGCCUUUCCUACGGCGCAAAAACCAGCACGACAGGUUGUAUGCACGACGAUGCAGUGUGUCUACUGAAUCGUCAAACACCAACAAGAACGCAAUCGACUUAGAGCUUCACAUUGCAGUGUCUUGCGGCGACGUAACCAACGUCAUCAUUGGGGAGAUAAAUCCUGAAUUAAAACCACGAUCUACGGAUCGGUUUCCAACAGCAACACACAUGAAUGCGAGCGCUGGUGGUGACAACAGCAGCAAUCGGAAAAGCAAACGGAUAUCCAAGCUAAGUGCGGACGAACUGGAUGCAGUCGACUCGUACUUUACGGAAUACAAUGGCAGAUUGGAGUAUGCCAUAUCUGGCCCAGCAGUUGAGUCGCUGGAGGAAGCCCUUUCAGCAGCAAAAGCAGGUGAGAUGAGCAUCACGCCGGAGAUCUACUCGCUUGUCUUUACCCAGCCAUUGGACGUAUCGUAUGAGAAGCGCAAAGAGUUCUACAUUGUGAGAUCACGAGAAACAGACGAGCACGGUGGCCGAAAAGGAAGCAGCAACAGCAGAGGAUUAGGAGUGCAUCACUACCAUCACCACCGCUAUCACCACAGCCAACAUCCUUCUACCAGCAGCGAAACAACGCCAAACGCGAGCUAUCUGUCGGGCCGGCCCGAAUUGAUGAGACAAGCAUCAAAAUUAAAGAUCGAACCACUUGUGCCCAAAAUACGCAACAUGAACUACUUUGAACUAUCCAACGAGUCGAACGCAAACUACUACAAGUAUGUCAACCGCAGCGCGCUGUAUCGCCUGCAGCACAGUCCAGAUGGUAAUUUCCCUGCGCAUUUUCGGGACGUCACGAUCAUGUUUGUCAGUCUAGGCAAGCUUAAUGUUGCCACCUCGGAGGGAUUGGAAUUCGCGCAAAAGGCGACGGUCCAGGGGAUGCAGUUGCUCGUGAAAUACGAAGGCAUGCUGCAACAAUUUGCUGUCGAUGACAAAGGUGCUACCCUCUUGGCAGUGUUUGGUCUACCUCCACUUUCACACGAACGUGAGGCAGUGUUUGCAGCCAAGGCAGCCAUCGAGCUGCGCGAUGCGUACCGUGAGCUACAAGUGCCCGAUUUCUCGAUUGCACUUUCAACGGGCAUAAUAUUCAACGCCGUGCUUCCACAGGGCAAUCCCUACCGCCGUGAUCCCAGCAUUUCGGGUGACACCAUCAUCCUCGCUGUACGACUCUUGAAAUUCCCAUUCGCCAAAAAGAACGUUGUGUGCGACGCGGCAACCAAGCAGCAGAUCGGUGGUCUGUGCGAGUUUGAAAACAUGGGCGAACACUUUGUCAAGGGCAAAGUCAAGCCAGUGCAAAUCCAUGAAAUACAGAAAUUCGGCCAGAGCGGCAGCAAGCCGAAACGCAUCUCGCUCCACAACUUUGAAAAUGAUGCCGACUUUAUUGGAUAUAAGCUGGAGCUGGCUCGUGCUAAGCAGCUGAUUGAUGAUUGGAACGAGGCUCAGAACCAUCAUGUGCUCGUGAUUUCGGGUCCUUCGGGCGUCGGUAAAAGCUUUUUCUGCCAUGCAUUGAACAAGAAUAUCACUUCGCAAGGUGUAAUGACAUGGUGGUCAUCAUCAACCGAAGUCGAAAAGAGCUCUAAAUACUACCUGGUGAAAAACCUGCUGCUAUCGCUAUUUGAGAUCAUCGAUUCUGACAAGAUCCCCGCCAACACCAAGCGCCGCAUGUCCUAUCUGAACCCUACGGCCACAACUGCAUCCGGAAACCACCUUGUUAAUCCACAGACGAGUCCCACCAGUGUCAGCGCGGGUGGUGGUGGUGGUGGUGGUGGUGGUGGUGGUGGUGGUGGUGGUGGUUCUGCACCAGGAGAUCGUACCUCGUCAGCCUCGUCUAUAUCAAUCAUGAGCAACCGUGAAUGGCUGCGUCGUCUGGCAUCGUAUUCAUCCGCUACACGCUCGACUUCCGGAAGCACGCACAAUCUGGAUACCAACAACGAAAUGGCCGAAUUGAUCGUCCACUGUUUGCAAAAAUGUGGCGAACAAGAAAGCCUAUUGCCACUCUUCAAGGCCGCGUUUGCCACAAUGAAUGAUGUAUCCGAAAACCGAUAUACUGCUCGACUCGAUGGCCGUGCACGAGAUAUAUUACUUGCAGCAGUGAUUACCCGUAUGGUGCGAUACGCUUCAGAGCAUAUCGGGCUGGUGUUGAUCUGUGAUGAUGUUCAAUGGGCGGAUUCUGCAUCAGUGCGCGUGCUUCUCCAAAUACACGAGCAAUGUCAGCGUGUGAUGAUCAUCAUGGCAACACGACCUAUCCGCGACUACAAUGUCACUUUCAUGAGCAAGUUUUGUGACUCGGGAUCGCACGAAGAAAUCGCUUUGAAUGGAUUAGGCCCAGAUGAAAUCGGCGAGAUUAUUUUACAAGCUUUUCAAAGUGGCGUCAAACGCAUAAGCCCGCAAAUUGUUCGAGUUGUUCAGAAACGAACGGCAGGGAACCCUCUUUAUGUCAAGAACAUGGCCAUUAUCCUUAAAGACUUUAACCACGUCACUGUGGUAAACGGAGAACUUGUACCAAGCAGCAACGAGUUUGAUUUAGCAGAUUUACUUGGCAAUUUUGAUUACAAACGGAUUAUCAAGAUGCAAUUUGAUCGUCUGGACGCCAGCUUCCAGGAAAUUCUGACGGUUGCCAGUUGUUUGGAUCAAUACUUUACCUUAUACGAAAUCGAAGCCGUCAUUAAAGAAAGUAAUGCGAUAUUCAAGGACAAUGAUAUGAGAAAGAUUACAGCAAGCAUUCAAAAGUACGACGUAUAUCACUUUCUUCAGCAAGUCGAUACACCGAAUAUUCAAGAAAACGAAAUCGUUGUGUACACAUUUUCUCAUAUCACCAUUCCACAAGCCAUUUACGAUAUGGUAUCCUACGAAACUCGCAUCAACCUUCACCAGCAACUUGCGAAAUAUUACGAAGCCCAGCUCACGCGAGAAAACUACCCUGAGCUCCUCAGCAAGGUUGUUCGGCACUACAUGAAGACGGACGGCCUCGGCAAACAACUAUUUUAUUUGGAGCAACUCGCAGAUCUCAACAUCAAAUCGUAUUUACUUCCUGAAGCAACCGACAAUCUGAAGAAAAUCGUCGAAAUCUUGGACAAAAACGACAACAUUGCAGCCCAGUUUGGACGGGUCCACUGUAGCGAUAUCUAUCGACGUCUUGGCAUGUGUUAUACCAUGCGGACAAAGCUAAACGAGGGUGAACGGUAUUUGUUUAUGGCACUUGAAGCGCUAGGCGAGCCAUGGCCACAUGGAGGCCUUCAAUUCAUGUACAAAUUUUGGACGAAUCGAGCAGCACAGUAUCAACAUCGUCGAUGGGGUACCUGGAACAAAUAUACCAAACAUUCCAAGAAGCUCAUUUGGAAACGCGUGGUCGAAAUCAUGGCCCAACUCUCCAACAUUUACUUCUACACGGGCAAAGGACGCAUGUUUGUAUAUACCUGCUUGAUCGGUCUAAAUGCGUGUGAACGACUUAAUGAGGACGGACCGAAUUAUACCUUAUUCUUGGCACGCAAUUCGCUGUUGUGCUGGAUCAAUGAUCAAAAGGAGCACAGUAUAUUUUACAUCACCAAAGCAUUGCGGCACAUGGAGGAAAAGAACGAUCCUGGCACCUUGACAAUAUGCGCAUUCCUUUGCUUUGCAGCAGGAAAGUUCAACAAUGCCCGCGACUUGCUGUACCAGUCCAUCCAAGCAGUACGCACGCUUGGUGUUAUUACCGAUUGUCAAUCAUUUUAUCGAUCUGUUGGCUUGGUCAUCACAAUGCGAAUAUUUGAGGGUCGACUGGAUAGUUCGCCAGAAGAUCUGCUUCUGCUUAAACAGAUGGCUGACACAGCACACAGUAAUGGCGACUAUGAGGCAGAAAUUUGGCUUGGCGUAUACAAUAUCGGGAAUGCGAUUGUCAUGGAUCGACUACGCGACUGUGAUCCAUUUGUAGCGUUAUUAGAGGCUCACGUGAAGCUGGCAGCUGAUUAUAACAAGAUUGCGAUCCAUGGAACAUUGAUAUCUUACUAUGCACGCGCCAGAAACUACGAAUAUGCAAGACAUCAUCUUCGCAGCCUUGUCAACAGUCUUCCUGCGCUCACUGUGACACCAAACAUAUUCCCGAUCUUUGGGCUGAUUUUUGCUACCAUGGGCCUUUAUCGACUUAUUGAGUACGAGCAAGUAGAUUUGGUCUCUGUAGACGAUGCACGAAACUAUGAUCGAUUCAAUCUCGGUGUUGCAAGAAUCAAUCAUGCAUUCCAACAAGUGAAAUUUUGGGAAUUCACACAGCCGUGCUUAUAUCUUGCUCGAGCAUUGCCAUAUAUUAGUACUGGCCGUACAGUAGAAGGAUAUCUGGUAUUAAGGCACGGAAUUUAUGAAAUGCAUUUUAUCCAAGAAAUACGGUUCUUAAAAGCAUACUACUGGGCCAAUCUCGGCAAGUAUGCUUUCACACCUUCAGAUCGGAUUGAAUGGACUGAGCGGGCCCGUGCAGAUCUUGAUAGCCUCAAUAUUCCAGCACAUAUUUACUGUAACCCAGACCCAGCCAACCUGUAUUCACGUGGAAAGCCGGCAGAUUUAUGUGCAUAA